AUGCUCGCCGUCGUUUGGGCUUUGCACAAGUGCAAGUUGUACUUAUCCGGCACCCUAUUUGAUCUGAUCACUGAUCACCAUCCGUUGAUCCCGAUUAUCAACGCGUAUUCUCUAGAUCAGAUCGAGAAUCCUCGCCUUCUCCGUCUUCGCCUGAAGCUGCAGUCGUUUCAAGUGCACGCUUCCUGGCGAAAAGGCUCUGAUCAUGCGUUUGCUGACGCGCUGUCUCGCAAUCCCGUCGUCAUCCCGUCUUCAGAUGAUGAACUCGGCGAAGCCCCUGCUCUUCAUUGCCGCAGCAUCCGUGUGUGCAUGCUCCGUAAUGAUGGUCCUCACCCCAACCUGAAGUUUGCUGAACUUCGAGCAGCCGCCUCAGCUGAUCCAGUCUAUCAGUCUCUUGUCCAGUGCGUUCUGCAUGGUUUUCCCGCUCGUCAGCGUGAUUUGGAUGCUCCACUCCAACCCUUCUGGAAUGGACGUGAGCACCUGUCAGUGGACCAGGGCAUCGUCAUGAAAGGCCAACGCAUUCUAGUUCCCUUGGCUAUGCGUCAACGCGUUCUUGCUAACCUUCAUGCCUCGCAUCAAGGUCUCGUCCGCACUAAGUCGUCGCAGUCAGCCGAACCACCGAUGAAUGACCGUCAUCCUACUCUGCCGUUCGAGUUUGUGUCCGCUGAUCUGUUCUCUUGCCAAGGCUAUGAGUUUCUUGUUUAUGUCGACCGUCUGACUGGUUGGCCGUGCGUUGUUCGAACCGGCAGGACCACGUCAUCACACGAUAUCAUCCUCGCUUGUCGUCGUUGGUUCGCCGAUCUGGGUGUGCCUGCUGUACUGUGCACCGACGGUGGCCCCCAGUUUGCAUCAAAGAAGUUUGCCGACUUCUGUAGCCGUUGGCAAGUGCAACGCGUAUCCUCUUCCCCACAUUAUCCCCAGAGUAAUGGACAUGCGGAAGCCGCAGUGAAAGCUAUGAAGCGCUUGCUGCUCAAGACCUCGUCAAAUGGCAAUCUCGACACAGAUGCAUUUCGUCGUGGUCUACUGGAGUGGCGGAAUACGCCCGGUCCGUCUGGCAAGAGCCCAGCUGAGCAUCUUCUCGGGCAUCCACUUCGGUCUUUCGUCAUUGCUGAGUGGACGCAGUUUGAUUCCUCGUGGUCGACCGUCGCUAGUGAGCGUGAAGAACAGUCACCACCCUCGACACCUGUUUCAGGCAGUACUCCCACCCACCGCUCUCUUCCCGUUCUCCGUAUCGGCACUCCUGUGGACGUCCAGGAUCCGAAGACGAAGCGUUGGACAACCCGUGGCGUGAUUGUGGCCAUUGGGCAGCACCGUGACUAUUUCGUCAAGUUGGCUAGUGGUCGAGUUUAUUGGAGAAAUCGCCGUUUUCUUCGUCCGUUCUCUCCACCCGUGCCGUCACCAGCACCAUGUGUUUCACCACAGCCGUCUGUUGUCGUUGCUCCUGCUACGCCUCCCCCUCUGCGUCGCAGCACACGAGCGCACCAACCACCCUCUCGUUUGAACAUUUCCUCCACCCGUGGACAGUCUUAUGCAUCUUGA